UCUAACCCAUGCCUAUUUCUCCGCCAGCCGAGAGCCACGAGAUUUGAGCCCGCGGGACCUGUUAGCAGCAUGUGUCCGCCCCCCGCGCGCGACCCCGAGGCCACUGAGAUGAGCGCCGCGGCUGGGCCCUCGCGCGCGCGCGCGUCCCACUAGCCGGGGCGCUGGGCCGCCAUGGUGUGCUAGCCCCGAAGAGCUGCUGUGACCUCAGGUCUCCGUGGAGCCAGGAUUUGCACGGCAGCAGAGUCACCGUGGAGAGGCCAGGGUACCACAAACUUAUGGAUUUUGACAAGAAAGGAGGGAAAGGGGAGUCGGAGGAGGGCCGGAGAAUGUCCAAGGCCGGCGGCCGGACCAGCCACGGCGUCCGGAGCUCGGGGACCGGCUCGGGGGUCCUGAUGGUGGGCCCCAACUUCCGGGUCGGGAAGAAGAUAGGCUGUGGCAACUUCGGGGAGCUCCGGCUAGGAAAGAAUCUCUACACAAACGAAUACGUAGCUAUCAAGUUGGAGCCCAUCAAGUCCCGGGCCCCACAGCUGCACCUGGAGUACCGCUUCUAUAAGCAGCUCAGCGCGGCAGAGGGCGUCCCUCAGGUCUACUACUUCGGUCCGUGCGGGAAGUACAACGCCAUGGUGCUGGAGCUGCUCGGGCCCAGCCUGGAGGACCUGUUCGACCUGUGCGACCGCACGUUCACGCUCAAGACGGUGCUCAUGAUCGCCAUCCAGCUGAUCACGCGCAUGGAGUACGUGCACACCAAGAGCCUCAUCUACCGCGAUGUGAAGCCGGAGAACUUCCUGGUGGGGCGGCCGGGCACCAAGCGUCAGCACGCCAUCCACAUCAUCGACUUCGGCCUGGCCAAGGAGUACAUCGACCCCGAGACCAAGAAGCACAUCCCGUACCGCGAGCACAAGAGCCUGACGGGCACGGCGCGCUACAUGAGCAUCAACACGCACCUGGGCAAGGAGCAGAGCCGCCGCGACGACCUGGAGGCGCUGGGCCACAUGUUCAUGUACUUCCUGCGCGGCAGCCUGCCCUGGCAGGGGCUCAAGGCGGACACGCUCAAGGAGCGCUACCAGAAGAUCGGGGACACCAAGCGAGCCACGCCCAUCGAGGUGCUCUGCGAGAGCUUCCCAGAGGAGAUGGCCACGUACCUGCGCUAUGUGCGGCGCCUGGACUUCUUCGAGAAGCCCGACUACGACUACCUGCGCAAGCUCUUCACCGACCUCUUUGAUCGCAGCGGCUUUGUGUUCGACUAUGAGUAUGACUGGGCCGGCAAGCCCCUGCCCACGCCCAUCGGCACCGUCCACGCCGACCUGCCCUCGCAGCCUCAAGUUCGGGACAAAGCCCUGCUACACAGCAAAAACCAGGCACUGAACUCCACCAACGGGGAGCUGAAUGCGGACGACCCCACCGCCGGUCACUCCAAUGCCCCCAUCACGGCCCCCGCAGAGGUGGAGGUGGCCGACGACACCAAGUGCUGCUGUUUCUUCAAGAGGAGGAAGAGAAAAUCGCUGCAGCGACACAAGUGACGCUGGGCGGUGGCCCCUGAGUCCACGCGCUGCAGCCUCGGGCCAGCUUGCCGUGGCCCCGUGGCCACAGCCAGAUGCAAGCUGCAGGGCUGGCUGAGCUGCCGCCCCCACGGGGGGCACUUCCUUCACGUAAGACUUUGGCCGAGACUUCUACACCUGUGUCUAGUCCUCCCCUCCGAGAGCAUUAACUUUAAAA